ACGGACAGUGACUGUAAUCUGUUAUUUUGAUUUUUGAGGUUAUGUUUAUUAUGCCUGAUUCCUUAAUAAAAUUAAAAUCAAUUAAUAAGUAAAAAUAAAGUGAAUUUUUAAAUGAAACAAUCUAUAUCAAAACACCAAGCAAAAUUAUAUCUCAAAAAACGACCCUUGUAAAUCAUGUCCAAUUCUAUAUUGACUAAACUCAACCCAGUAUGGAAACCUUCACAAGUAGUACUCUUGCCUUCUCGAACAACCACAACAAAACAUUACGAUCCCAAGUUCAGGACACACCGAGCUAAGAAGUACCUCAAGAUAGACCUGCCUGAUAUGAACGAAGAUGAGAGCAAAUUCUCGGAGCAGAGAAUGCGGCAAAAGAUGAAGGAGCGGGGCGUGUUGCCUCCUCGACCCUGGAUGGAGCGCCCAUUUUAUAUUGGUGCUACAGGUGGAGUCUUCGAAGCCUACGUGCCACCAGAAGGUGAUGGCAAAGCCUCCCUUGUGUCCACAUCUCGUGCAAAACAAACAGUCCAACUCCUGGAGAAGAAAUCCAAAUCCAUGAUGGCCAUACGCAAGGUCAAGUCCUUCGACGAAGACUUUGACACCAAGGAGUUCUGCCAACUAGCGCAGAAUAUCUAUAUUAAGGCACAUGAAAGUUUAGUUAAUGAUGACCGACACGCGUUAAGGACAUACGUAACGGAGAAGGCGUACCCGGAGUUCAGACAUAACACGAAGCUGAAGACUAUCCGGUGGAAAUUUAUAGAGUCGCUGGAGCCCCCGCGAAUCGUACACGCGAGGUGCACGGAUGUCAUUAGCAAAACCAAUAUCUUUGGACAGAUAACAGUGCGUUUCCACACUCGCCAGCAGCUGUCGGUGUACGAUCGUUUCGGCCGCCUGUUGCACGGCAGCGAUAUCCUCGCUAAAGACGUGCUAGAGUAUGUUGUGUUCGAGAAGCAUCUGUCCAAUUUGUACGGAACCUGGCGGAUACAUGAUAAGAUUAUACCUGAUUGGGCGCCGCCCAAGGAUCCCUCCAAACUCACCAGGCUGAAGCCCGACCCUGAACCUGUGCAAGUGGAAGUGGAAGAAGAAACGGUAAAGGAAGAACAAGCAGCGAUAGCCGAUAAAUAAAUUGUUAGUUGUAGAAUGUAGUAAAUGAUAUAGUUAUUAUUAAUUCAA